UUGGUUUUGUACCUAGUGUUCGAUUGUGAUUUUCGUUCAGAAUAUUUUAUUAAAUAAAUAUUGAAUAACUACUUAACUUAAAAAUACAGCGACAUGAACGACAACGAAAAAGAAGAAGCUGCAAAUUUGAAAGAGGAGUUUGAAUGGGUUCUUCGUGAAGAGGUUCAUGCUAUAUUACAUCAGCUCCAUACAGUAUUAGUGGAAUGUGCACACAGAUUUCCGGUACCACUAUAUGGAAAUGAAGGGCAAAAGCAAGAUAAAUUCAUAUUGACAUCUCAACCAGAACAACUUAAAUGUAUUGUAACCCUCACAGGGGAUAGUAUCACUCAUGCAGAUAUCAGCUUCAAGGUCUUAAGACAGAUGCACACUAUAUGCCGAACAUCCAUUAAUCAGGAUGGACCAUGGAAGCUACAACAGAUCCAGGAUGCAGCUAAUCAUCUGCAACAGGCUAUCGGUUACAUUGACAAUGUUGAUAAACACUAUAUUUUCAGAUCAUCAGAAGAAGUAUUGCACAUAAUACAAUGUUUAAUCGGCUCUCUGCAGAGGGCGCGCACCGCUUUAGUACUGCCAAAGAAAAAAACAAUUGAUGAGCUUAUGAAGAGUAGAAAUAUGAAGGCCCUCUCACCAAACCUGCCAGAAGACUUAGCGAUAUCGUUUUACAUACAAUCUCACAAGCUGAUAUUUGUCGCGUACCAAUUAAGUUCGGUGCACGGGACGAUGAGGAUUGAUUCUUGCCAAGCGGACUGCGCUGUUCCGUGGCUGAGUGACGUCCUGUUCAUGCUUACAGCCGCCUUGCAUAUGUGUCAACAGCUUAAAGAUAAGCUAUGCGUGUUCUCUCAAUAUAAGGAUUUCACCGUUGGAUCCAGAUCUGCAUCUAUGGUGUUAAAUUAAAUAUUUAAUUCUCUUACCUAGCCUAGUUACACUUUGUCAACAUAGUUACGAGUAAUUAGUUACGUAAUUUAUUUUACCGCAUAAAUUCCAGUCCACUCUCGUUAAUUGCACAUUCGUACAUGUUUUGUGAUAAAAAUAGCUAAUAUUGUACUAAUUGUACAUUUAUAUGUUAAUGUAAAGGAUAAGAACUACUGCACAACAUGUUACCUAACUGCGGAAUACAAGGUCAUGGGUUUGAACUAGUUCAAUUCCUGGGAUGACCCAAAAAUGGAUUGAUAUUGCGAUUUUUGGCCAAGGCUUCGCUUUUCUCGUAACCCAUCGGUUAUUGUUACUAACAUAACCAUCGUGAAUAAGCAAAUAAAAUAAACCUUAAUUUGUUCAAAUAAGCCUGUAGAAGGCUAUUUUCAUACGACACAAGCUGAUGAUGUAACUACGUAAAUUUAAAAGUAUAACGAGUCCAAGUUACUCCUUUACAAGUUAGCCUUUGACUGCAGAAGACGGACUAAGUAUAGAGCAUCAAUAUUUUUCCAUUUAAACAUAUUGUAUAUCUUUAUUAAUGAAUUUAAGGU